AUGUCUGACAAGUCCCUUCGCAUUACCGAAAGUGACGAGGCAGGCAAUGUGCUGGCGACCUACGUUCAAUCUUCGAGCGGACCGGAUGGACUCAGUAGAGUGGACACGAUUGACUCCCUCCAAGCCUUCUCAAGCAGCAUAGCCAGCCUUCUCUCCUCCCGCGCCGUCCUCUCCAGCGUGGGCGUGGGCGACUCCACCGCAUCACCAACCGCAGCCCUCUUGCUCUCCGUCCUGCAGGAAUCAGCCGGCCGCAUUGCAACGAUCCUCUUCGCCCAUCGCUUCGGCACCAGCCUGGAGCCGGAGUGCAAGAUGUACCGUCUCCUCGCUGAUGUACUGAACGACAUUGCGUUUAUCUUGGAUUGCCUUUCUCCCGUCUUCCCGAAAGCGAUUCGAGUGGUUGUCUUGAGUUUCAGCAGCGUUCUACGAGCGUUGUGCGGUGUUGCGGCUGGCUCUGCGAAAGCGAGUUUGAGUGCGCAUUUUGCUCGUUGGGGUAAUCUGGGAGAGCUGAAUGCUAAGGACUCGAGCCAGGAGACUGUGAUCUCCUUGCUCGGGAUGCUGGCUGGCAGUGUGGUGGUAUCGUGGAUCACGACGCCGGUUGCGACCUGGACGGUGCUGAUCUUCCUGCUCUCAGUGCAUCUGGAGACCAACCGCAGGGCUGUAAGAGCGGUAAGCAUGCGGACGCUUAGCCGGCAAAGAGCGACGCUUGUGUAUCACCACCUCAAGCGGUCGCACGUUCCGACACCAGAUGAAGUCUCGGAACAGGAGCAGAUCUUCGAGCGAGAUGGGGUGCUUAGAGAUCGAGAUGGACGAGCAGUGGGCUAUUGCCGCGUUGGCAGCUCCAUGUCCGAUCUGCUGUCGUCGAUGGCAACGGAAAGGCAGAGCAGCACAAAGUCAGCUCAUGUCCCUACUGAUGCUCUUUCGGGGCUGUUCGAGAUCUACCAGGAUCGGAAGUACGUUCUCUGGGUGAACACGAGCAGCCGACCUGCACAAGUCAGCAUCGUGGUCAAGACGGGCGCUUCGACCUCGGAUGUGCUGGCGGGCUGGUGGGAAGCGUGUAUGAUAGCAGAACAGGUUGCCUUCAGCCGCGAUGGCGAUCUAGAAGGCGAAAAGGGGGACGAAGCGGCGGAAGAGGUAAUCGCGAUGCUGGAGCAGAUGAGAAGAAGAGCCGCGGCGAUGCUUGAGAAACACCAAGAAGGUCUUAUGGAAGCUGGAUGGGAUUUGGAAGUCAAUGCUUUGCAGACGACCUCGAAUGUUAGAGUGGCUGUAACCUAG